AUAAUUAUUAAUGCUCCUUUCUUCAUAACCAAUUAUACUAAGCCUAGAUAAGAUUACCAGUUCCUCGCUGCAAAAAACCUUCCAUCAAAACAAAAAAAAAAACCAUCUUGAUCUCAGACUGUAUAUACACGGAAGAAGAAAUGGCCGACCCUGUUAUCGGUGCCACAAUUCAGGUUGCCUUGGAGACGGCAGUAUCUCUUGCCUCUGACAGGAUUGGUUUGCUAGUUCGGUUCAAGAAGGAUGUGGCCAGCAUGACACUUUCUCUUGGCUUUAUCAAAGAUGUCCUGGCUGAUGCUGAGGAAAAGCAAAACCAAAGCAGAGGAGUGCAACGAUGGUUGAAUAGUCUCGAGGAGGUGGCUUAUGAUGCUCAGAAUGUGUUGGAUGAGCUCCACUAUGAAUCUCUUCGUCACCAGGUGGAGUCCCGAAAGCUCAAGGUAUGCUGCUUCUUCUCCUUCUCUAACAUUAAUCUUGCUUUUCGCUGGAGAAUGGCUUCUAAGGUCAAGGACAUCAAACUUAAGUUGAAUGGCAUCUAUCAAGAAGCCAAUGGAUUGCUACUGGUCAGUAGGGCAGUCGUGCCUGCUGCCCUCCCUGCUGCUCCUGCUGUUGGAGACACAAGAAAUCGGCAGACUGACUCUGUUCUUGUUCCAAUGACUGGAAGAGCCGAUGAUGAAUCAAACAUAGUGAAGAUUUUGUUGAGCCUGUCUGAGAAGGUUGUUUCUGUUCUUCCCAUAGUUGGUAUGGGAGGUUUAGGCAAAACAACUUUGGCUAAAUCCAUAUACAACAACAAGCAAAUUGAUGAACACUUUGACAUAAAGAUUUGGGUUUGUGUAUCGAAAAAAGUUCCAAUAGAGGAGCUUUUCAGACUCAUAUUAGUGCAUUUGACGGGAGACAAGGUUGAAGUGGAUGCUAGGGAUGUCAUCGUUGGAAAAAUUGGGAAUCAACUAGGGGGGAAAAAGUAUUUCCUAGUCCUUGAUGAUGUGUGGGAUGAUAAUCAAGCAUUGUGGGAGGACUUUUUCAACACCUUGAAGGGGCUCAAUCCAACUAAUGGAAGCUGGUGUCUGGUCACUACUCGUCCAGGUCCAGUGGCGCAGUGUGUGUCUAGAGUAUUCAUGAUGGAAAAAGAAGCCUAUCGAUUAGGAAAACUACCUGUUGAUCAUUGUUGGUCUAUCGUAAAAGAAAAAACAGUUCGAGGGGGAGAAGUACCUGAUGAACUACAAGCAAUUAGAGAGAGAGUAAUCGAAAGAUGUGAUGGUCUACCAUUGGCUGCAAGUGUAAUCGGAGGUCUAUUAUCUUUACAUAGAAAAGAGGAGUGGCGAUCAAUUUUGGAGAAUAGGCUUUUGAGUUUGAGUGCAGGUGGAGAUCAUGUGAUGCAAAUACUUAAGUUGAGUUUUGAUAAUUUGCCAUCACCAGCCAUCAAGAAAUGUUUUGCAUAUUGUUCUAUUUUUCCCCAGGAUACUGAGAUGGAAGGAGAUAUGCUGAUCGAACUUUGGAUGGCAGAAGGUUUCCUCCAUGCAGGUCUCGAGAACAAAACAAUGGAGGAAAUUGGAGAGUAUUACUUGGAAAUUUUAUUGCAGAGUUCUUUGCUGGAAGAAAUAAGAAACUUUUGGGGAAGAAGGUAUUAUAAAAUGCAUGAUAUGGUGCACGAAGUCACAAAAUUAAUAAUGUCAAAGUCUACUAAAUUCAUUAAUUCGGAGACUGGUUCAGGAGACAAUAGUAAUCAGGUUCGUUGUCUUGUAAUAGACUCAUUUGGAGAAGGCACAAUAAAUCUUUUCGAGAGUCGAUCAAAUUUGCUUCAUACAUUGUUUCUAAGUCAGGGUAGCUUAUCUGAUGAAAUGCUAAUGAAGUUGAAGAAUCUGCACGUUUUGAAUUUGUCCGGUGAAGAAAAUCAGAAUCUGCCAAUCUCAAUUGGCAAACUGAUACACUUGAGGUACAUUAACUUUGAGGGUUCUACAAGUGAAACUCUGCCGGAAUCUGUUUGCAAACUUUAUAAUUUGCAGACGCUGAGUCUACAUGACUCAGAUGUUAAACAUCUUCCGAAGGGGACGUGUGAUUUGAUUAGCUUGAGACAUCUCCAUUAUUACACCCCUGAUACAGAAUUUCAAAUGCCGCUAGAGAUGGGACGGCUGACUUGCCUUCAGACGCUAGAGUUCUUUAAUGUGGGUCGAGAGAAGGGUCGACGAAUUGGAGAGCUUGGAAGCUUGAAGAACCUCAAAGGCAAAUUGGAGAUACGCAAUUUGGAACUAGUAAAGGGUAAGGAAGGAGCUGAGGAAGCAAAACUAUCUGAAAAGGCAAAUCUAUUUAGGCUGGAACUUCGGUGGGCCCGUGAUCGAGAAGGCGACAAUUACAACCAUGAAAAUGUGCUAGAUGGCCUUCGAACCCACCCAAAUUUGGAGGAGUUGAAAAUUGAGAAUUUUAUGGGCGAUCAAUUUCCUCGAUGGUUAAUGGAUUUGCCAACGACAACAACACUCCCUGAGUUUGCAACAACACUCCCCAAGUUAACGAGUUUGGAGUUUAAUCGCUGCCACAGAUGCAGAGAACUCCUUCCCCUGCAAAACUUUACGUCUCUUAAAGAGCUGGUGAUUUAUGCUUGUGAUGGGUUGACGAAUCUGCCCGGUGACUUGCUACACUCUUGUGCCUCUCUCCAGAAGCUUCAGGUGAGUUGGUGCGGCAAUCUUGUCUCCUUUCUGCUUGAUUUGCAACAAACGCCUUCUCUCUUGGAGCUGGGAUUAUACUGCUGUCCCAAACUGAAAACAAGCAUGACACCCAAAGGAUUUGGUUUCCUAACCAGCUUAAGGAAGCUUGUAAUUGGUCCCUUCUCAGAUGAUGGUGAUGAUCAUGAAAAUUCCUCAAUUUACAAUGAGUUUGAUUGGUCUGGAUUGAUAUCCUCCUCCUCCUCUUCGUCAUCCGCACUCCGUGAAUUACACUUACGUGGGUUGCCACACAUGGAGUCACUGCCACAUCAGAUCCAAUACUUGACCACUCUCACAUCACUAGCGCUAGGUGAGUUUGGAGGUAUAAAAGCUCUGCCAGAUUGGUUCGGAAACUUCGCUGCUCUUGAAGGACUAUAUUUAUAUGAUUUCAAAGAGCUUGGACGUCUACCCUCUGAGGAUGCCAUGAGAAGUCUCACCAAACUAAAACAUCUGCGAUUUUAUCAUUCUCCUCUGUUAGAAGAAAGAUGCACUCCUGAGAGCAGCGGCCCGACUCCCAGUGGUCCAAAGUUUCUCACAUUCAAGACCUACACAUACGUGGUUAACAGUUGAUCUUCAGAUCAAAUUCAAUCAUGAUUGAUAGAAGAAUAGCUUCACGAACAGAGGUUAGAAUUUUGAAGCUUCUUCAGCACCAUCUAUAUGGCUAGACCUCAAUAACUUUUGGCCUGCAUUUCCUACAAAUAGCCUAUCAACGUUUAGAACAACUAGCAGUCUAGUUUUGUUUAUUUUACGUGCUCUGCUUCUGUGGAUUUUAAGUUGUUAUUGCUAAAGUCAUCUCACUCUGUUUAAAAUUGU